UGCAUUCCAAUUGGAGAAUAACUUGCACUUUGCUGUGUACCCAAAUAGGCUUUUAAUAGUGAUAAUAAAAAGAAACAUACAUAGUUGACCUCAAGCCCAAGCAUAACAAAACAAAACCAAUAGCAAAAGCAAGGAGAUGAGAGAGCAUAGCGCAAGUGCAGCAAUAAACGAAUGUGAGUAGUGGCAGUCACUUAAACUUAACGAAUCAUCAUCAUAAGCCACCAAAGCCAAUGCACUGACAAUAGAGCAACACCCGGAGAGAGAAAGAGAGAGAGAGAGAGAGAGAGAGAGCGAUUGUACGACCGACCCGCAAAUAUAGAUAUAGAGCGAAAGAGCGGCAUCGCGUGAGUGGGAGAGCGGCCUGUCGAGUUGAGGGCCAAAGCGUCUCGCGUCUGCGUCAUUGUCAUUUAGUUAAGUUUAAGGCGAGCAGCGAAAGAGAACGUCGACCGUCGGACGCGUCGGAAUAUGAAACGCGAAAACGAAGAAGGAAGAGCAUUAUACAUAUACGCGAAUUAACAUUACAAAAUAAAUAAGUUUAGCCUUGUGGGGAUAUCAGAUGACAACUCCAAGAUAAAAAUACAUAAAACCAUUCGAAAAAACAGUUUUCUAUCUUAUGCUUUGUGGCAAAUACAAAUAUUAUUGUAAGCUGUGCGCGCAGUGAUUGCGAAAAACAAUUGCCAGCACUUAACGAAAGUGUGUUGUGGCCUCAUAGAUUGCCGCUUAUCAAAGACUGAAGUAACAAAACGAUAAUAAAAAAAAGUGCAAAAAUUGGAAUUGAGUCCAAAUAACAACAAAAAAUGGAGUCACCUUCUAUAAUGGACUACAAGUUAUACCUGGAUAUAGUCUGUCAAUGGCUUAACUACCUGUCCUACUUUAUGGUAGCUUACGUUCUUCUCACUUUGCUUCCCAAGUCACUAAUGCGCAUGAAGCAUUUCGCGGAUGCUGACUAUGAGGCAAAUCGGCGUAAAUUCCAUCCCUGUUAUGGGCCCGAGCUAUGUUGUCAUGCACUAGCCCAGGGGCAAGAUAUGCCCGUCAAACAGAAGCACCGCAAGGCUGUGACUCGUGUCUAUCCUAAGCGCCAGCAGCCACAGCAAACUCCUGUUCAGCUGCUACAAUCGAGCAAUCCCGUGCCCAAGCGUAGCAAUGUCACCAAAAUUGCUCGCAUGUUUGAGUCCAACAGUCCGCGACAAGUGAAUCGCGUGGCGCCUGUUACGCUGCCCGAGAUACGGAUGUUUGGCGCUACAAGCGAGGAGUCGAACGACUCGACGCCCUGCGCCUCACGAAAGGCCAGCAUUGCCACCCCACUUACGGCACACCAUAUUGAGCAGGCCAUGCAACUGUGGCAGGAACUGGAAGAGGAGCAGCAGUCAGACAAGCAGCUCAACGACUGGGAGCCUAUAGCAGUGCCUGUGACCAAUGUGCGCCACUCGCGUGGCACUUCAGCGACGCCAUCAACAGCUUCUCCUCUCUCUAGCUCACCGGAGCCUCCAUCACCUAUGCUGCUUCGCCAGCCACCCGCGCUUUGCCUCAAAUCGAGCAUGGAAGACAUUUUUCAGGCAAUUGCGCGCAGCGCUGAAGAAUCCAUUGACUGCAGCAGCCUGACUCCCGUCCCGGUAACCAGUAUUGACGACAUAAUCUCGGAGCGUCGCUUCUCCCGACCACUUUCCGCCUACUCCAUCACAGAUCUGCUUAACGAGGAGCAGGAGCAGCCAAGCUACAUUAAUGAAACCACGCUGCAUCAGCUGGCAUCCAGCUGAAAGCGAUCUAGUUUAUUUGGAUGCUUAACUUAGUCCAACUACGCUGGUCAGUUAAUCAGUUAGUCGUGCCAUCCCAACGGAGUUAAUCAGCUAACUAAAGCUGAAGAGAAAAGAGACUUCUUGCCUGCCUACAUCCAUUUUCCCCUAUGAAAGGCUCACGACAAGCAAAAUAAAGAAGGAAAAAGUGAACACGUGACCAGUCUUCACUCUGAUUUUAAACACUACUAUAUUUAUUAGCAUUUUUUUAUAAAAAAUAAAAGCGUUCGUGAUAAUUAAUGUGAGCCCAUCAAACCUCAAGUAAUGAACGAAUUUAAAUUGUAAAUAGGGAAUGUCUGCCUAUGUUUUAUGUUUAUGUAGUAUUAUAUACAAGUGUCUAACAUUAUCCAAUAUGCAAAAUUGUGAGCUACAAGCUUAUACUAUAUAAUAAAUAGCAAGAAACUAAAGCGUUUGCUUAUUGACGAAGACAGCAAAGUGC